AUGGGGGCAAUCAUAUCGUUACCGGUAACCGCCGCAGGUACGUUCCUGGCCUCUUUCUUUGGGUCAUUAUCAUCAACCGUUAUUUCCCAAGCUUUCCAAUCUCUUACGCGGAAUUCGUCAUCAUUAACAACCAGAUUAAGCUACGCAAUUUGGUUGCUUUUGAACUCACUGGUGUCAUGGCUGUCUAUGUCUACUAAUAAGUCCUUUCUAUGGCCCAAGAAAACAUGUACACUAACCGGGGAAUGCGGGUUUUUCACCGUUUACAGACUUAACUUCGCUCUGGGCAUGAUGCAUAUUCUGUUGGCAGGUUUGUUGGUUGGCGUCAAGUCUACAGGUGAUAAACGAGCUCAAGUCCAAAAUUCUUGGUGGUCACUCAAGAUCCUGUUCUACGUAUUAAGCGUUGUGGCCUCUUUCUCGCUUCCGAACGGCUUUUACAUUUUCUUGUCAAAAUGGAUUUCUCUUCCUUCCGGUGUGCUGUUCAUCCUUAUUGGGCUGAUACUUCUCGUUGAUUUCGCUUAUGAAUGGGCUGAAACUUGUAUACAACAUGUUGAGGCUGGAGAUGAGUAUUCCUCCUUUUGGCAGAAAUUCCUCAUCACAGGAACGAGUGCCAUGUAUCUGGCAUCUUUGAUCAUGACCAUUGCAAUGUAUGUUUUGUUUUGCCCCAAAAAUUGUACUAUGAAUAAAGUGGCCGUUACCGUUAACUUAUUGCUCACGCUCGCGACAUCUUUGAUGUCUGUGCAUCCAAGAAUACAAGAGGCAAAUUCAAAGAGUGGGUUGGCUCAAAGUAGCAUGGUGGCAGCUUAUUGCACUUAUCUCACUAUGAGUGCACUUGCCUCAGAACCAGACGAACGCCAAUGUAAUCCGUUGAUCAGAUCUGCUGGCACUCGCAAAGCAAGCGUAAUUCUGGGUUCCCUUUUCACAUUUAUUGCCAUUGCUUAUACUACUACUAGAGCGGCUGCCAAUUCUGCGUUUGCUUCAAAUAAUCAAGCAAUUUACCUUGAUGGCGAUGAUCAAAUUGAUUACGAUGGUAUCGGACAAACACGAUCUCAAUUGAGGUUAGAAGCUAUCAGACAAGCAGUUGAAGAAGGUUCCCUGCCAGAAAGUGCCCUAUACGACACAACGUGGCUUGGUUCACCUGCACCUGCUCCAGGAGCCACUGAUAGCGAUGAUGAAAGGAUAUCCACCAGAUACAAUUACAGCCUUUUCCAUAUCAUCUUUUUUUUGGCAACACAAUGGAUAGCGGUUUUAUUGACCAUCAACGUCACCCAAGAUGAUGUUGGCUAUUUCAUUCCUGUAGGAAGAACUUACUUUUACUCUUGGGUCAAGAUUGUUAGCGCUUGGUUUUGCUACGUCUUGUAUGGAUGGACUGUCGUCGCUCCAUUGAUUUUACCGGACAGGUUUGGAUAUGAAGAUUAUUAA